CAAUAGCUUAGCUUGGUGACUUUCCACAUUUCCAGAAAUUAGGAAAUUGGUGUGAAUUUACGUAUGCUCCCCAAUUCAAUUCUACUUUCACACUGACUGGUCAAGAUCACUCAUCUCUUCUCCUUCUUCUCUUCCACCCACAACUUCUUCCAUUUUGUUUUCUCUUUCCAAUUUUCUUUCUCUCGUCUUUGCCCUAUUCAAAAUAAGCAUUGCAGAUUGUCUACCUUGAUCAUGGGUUUCAAUUCUGUCUAUAGAAGCUUGCAGGAGUUAUUUCCGCAGGUUGAUGCCAGGUUACUGAGAGCUGUGGCUAUUGAACACCCAAAGGAUGCUGAUCUUGCUGCUGGAAUUGUUCUCGCGGAAGUCAUCCCCUUCAUGUCCAAAAAAUUACCUCUUGCAACUCCUCCACAGGACAAUGCCCAUUGGGCUCCACUAAAUGUUGAAGCUGAAAGUGAGGAGGAAGGAAGUAGUCCGAGGCACCGUCAGCUUGUUCAAGACAUAGAUGCAUCUUCUGCCCCAGAUUCUAUAUAUACCAAACCAGCUGAUUGUUCAUUGGUACCAGAUUUGAAUGAAGCUCUGGACAAUUCUACAUUGUCAAAUGUCAGUAAUUCAAACGGUGUUACUGAAAAGUUUCUUGGAAUAGAUGAUAUGAAAGAGCUAGAUGUUUUGCAGAAGGUUAAAGAUAAUUUCAUUGAAGAGAUCUCAACCAAGAUUGCUAUGGAGAUAUCAAAUUGCUUUAUUCAGGAAGGUCACAUACCGGAGGAUUGUGAAACUAACUUGAUUGAGGUAGAAAGUUAUGAUGUCCAAGCUGGUUGUCUUACUCAAGGGAAUACACUAAAUUCUAAAGAUAGUCUUCGAUCAGAAUUCAAUGCUGGGUUUUCUAGUGCUGUUGACAAAACUAGUGAUGUUGAAGAUGAUAUUGGUGGAAAGAAUGAAGUUAGCCAAUAUAGUCAAGUUUGCAGAAUUGAUCUGCUUGAGGAAAUCAUUGAUGAUGCCAAAAGUAACAAGAAAACCUUGUUUUCAUCAAUGGAAUCUCUUAUAAACUUGAUGAGGGCUGUGCAACUUCAGGAGCUAGCUGCAGAGCAGGCUGGCAUGGAUGCUGCUACUGGAGGGUCUAAUAUUCUGGCCAGGGUGGAAGGAUAUAAAACAGUUCUGGAACAAGCUAAAGAAGCAAAUGAUAUGCAUGCGGGAGAAGUGUAUGGGGAAAAAGCAAUUCUGGCAACUGAACUGAAGGAACUUCAAUCACGCCUACUCAGCUUGUCUGAUGAAAGGGAUAAGUCUCUUGCAAUACUCAAUGAGAUGCGCCGAGUUCUUGAAGCACGCCUAGCUGCCGCUGAAGAAUUCAGGAAAGCAGCUGAGAAUGAAAAGCUGGAAAAGACCGAAUCUGCACAAAGGGCUCUUGCUGAACAGGAAAAACUGGUGGAGAAGGUACUACAUGAAUCAGAAAGACUGAAACAGGAGGCAGAAGAGAAUUCGAAGUUACGGGAGUUCCUUAUGGAUCGAGGGCAGGUUGUUGAUAUUUUGCAAGGAGAAAUUUCAGUUAUUUGUGAGGAUAUUAGGCUCCUGAAAGAGAGAUUUGAUGCAAAUCUUCCAUUGAGCGAAUCCUUCACCUCAAGUCAGACCAGUUGCAAGUUAGCUUCAUCAGGUACGUCCCACAAAACGGCGGCAUCUGAUGUAGGUUCUGUGCAUGGUGAUUCAUCUGAAAGAAGUAAGACAAGUGAAAGCCUUUCUUCCAAAAGUGGACACGACGAGGAAAAAUCAAAAGCUUUUCAAAAUGCUCUUCUUGAUGAUGGGUGGGACAUUUUUGAGAAAGAUACUGAGCUGAAUUCUGGAGUUUACUGAGGGGGAAAACAACUACUUCUUGCUUUUGUUUAUACAACAAAAUAAACCUUAGAAUCCUGGGAUGCCAAUCAUUAGUUGUGAUCUGGAUAUUUUUGCUAUAUAGUACUCGAGGUUCGGUUUUCUUUGUUAUGCAAAUUUUGUAUAUAAAACGUCGUUGAGAAUUACUUGAUUUCUUCUGUCACCUGCAAUAGUUAUUCCCAUAUCUUUUAUCUUCAUUUA